CUCUCGCGCUCAUUUGAUUGCAAAAAGAGGGAAGCGAAGAAUCCACAACUCACUCUCCUACCUCUCUCUCUCCUCCUAAUGACGACACUCUUCUUCAUUUUCGCCAACAAGCUUCUUCUACCUCUCCCUGGCAUUCAUUUUCCAAUCUCAAUCCCUAUCUUCUCCACUUUAUUAUUUAUACUAUUCAAUUCCACUCUCUAUCUUCAUCUCACAAGCACAAAUUCCCCUCACUCCCAUGAUUUUUACCGAGGAUCUGUGGCCGCUGCUCCACCAACUGGUUGGGAACACUUCUCUCUUUUCAGAGAAACCGUCCUUCUUCCACAACCUUCUGGAAUCGAUGACCAACUCCACCUGCGCAGGCGAUGAGUUCGACCAGUGUCGAGACGAGUCGGCGGCGUUGGUUCUCAAAUUCGUCGCCAUCGCCUCCAUUCUCCUCUCCGGCAUGGCCGGAAUCGCGAUCCCCCUCGUCGGAAAACACCGCCGCUUCCUCCGCACCGACGGCAACCUCUUCGUGGGUGCCAAGGCCUUUGCCGCCGGGGUGAUUCUGGCCACGGGAUUCGUCCACAUGCUCUCUGAUGCCACCGAAGCGCUCCAGCACCCGUGCCUGCCUUCCUUCCCGUGGUCCAAGUUCCCCUUCACCGGCUUCUUCGCCAUGAUGGCCGCGCUCUUCACUCUCCUCCUCGAUUUCGUGGGAACGCAAUACUACGAGCGCAAGCAGGGGCUCAACCGUCCCUCGGAGGAACAGUCUCGGGUCGGGUCCUCCGAAUCCGGAGGGAAGGUGUUUGGAGAAGAAGAGAGUGGGGGAAUGCACAUCGUGGGGAUGCAUGCACACGCCGCGCAUCAUCGACAUAACCACCCCCAUGGCCAUGACUCGUGCCAUGGCAUUGGCAGCGAGAAGGAACAAGUUAGCGCGCAUGCUGACUCCCAUGGACACGGUGGUCACGGUCACGGUCACGGUCACCUCCCCGGCCACUCCCACAUGGAAGAUGUCGAAGAAACCGACGUUCGACACGUCGUGGUUUCUCAGGUGUUGGAGCUUGGGAUUGUGUCACAUUCGGUUAUAAUCGGGUUGUCUCUUGGGGUUUCUCAAAGUCCUUGUACCAUAAGGCCUCUGAUUGCGGCGUUGUCUUUUCAUCAGUUUUUUGAAGGGUUUGCGCUUGGAGGGUGCAUUUCCCAAGCGCAGUUUAAAGCUUCCUCAGCAACCAUAAUGGCUUGUUUUUUUGCAUUGACUACACCGUUGGGUGUUUCGAUCGGAACGGCCAUUUCUUCAAGGUUUAACCCUUACAGCCCCGGUGCACUGAUCACCGAAGGUAUUCUGGAUUCCUUGUCGGCGGGGAUUUUGGUGUAUAUGGCUUUGGUAGAUUUGAUAGCUGCGGAUUUUCUUAGCAAGAGAAUGAGUUGUAACUUCAGGCUACAGAUAGCAUCUUACUGCAUGCUUUUCCUUGGGGCUGGAUUGAUGUCUUCGCUCGCUAUUUGGGCCUGAUGUCCCUCCCCUACAUAGUUGUAUUACUACAUUCUUCAAUAUCUCAUCUUUCUUCUCGUCUUUUCCUUUCCCUUCCUAGCUAUCAAUUUUAAAUCUGAACAAAUUAAUAUCGUAAAA